AUGGCCCGGCCCCGUCGCCCUACCUACGGCCCCGCCCCUCGGUCGGUGCGGCGUCUACCCCUAGCGGGAGACACCGCCCUGGCAAGGGCAAGGGGGGCAGGGGCGCUGGGGGUGCUAGCGGGGGCGGUGGAGGAGGCGGUGGAGGCGGAGGAGGGGGUGGGGGUGGCAGUGGGGGUGGUGGCGGGGGUGGAGGUGUCAGUGGCGGCAGUGGAGGCGGAGGCGGUGGCGGCGGUGGCGGUGGGAGCGGAGGUGGCGGAGGUGGUAGCGGUGGUAGCGGCGGCGGAGGAGGAGGCGGCGGCGGUGGAGGCGGAGCUGGUCGGGGUGGUGCUGCACAGACGGUCGGCUCAGGUGGAGGUCAGCGCCAGCAGCAGCAGCAGCACCGCACUCCUGACACUCCCCCACCUCAGCAGCUCCGUAAGUGGGCGGGAGUAG